AUGUCAUUUAACAGCCCAUUUUUUGAUUUCUUUGACAACAUUAACAGCGAGGUUGACGCCUUCAACAGAUUGUUAGGAGAAGGUGGCUUGAGAAGCUACGCACCAGGUCGUCAGUUAGUAAAGGCCCCUACUAAGGAUUCUACUGGUAAGGAAGUUGCUAAGCCAAAUAAUUAUAGCGGCGCUCUUUAUGAUCCAAGGGAUGAAGCGUUAGAUGACUGGUUUGACAACGAUUUGUCAUUGUUCUCAUCCGGCCUUGGUUUCCCUAGAAGCAUUACUGUUCCAGUUGAUAUAUUGGAUCAUGACAAGAACUAUGAAUUGAAGGUGGUGGUUCCUGGUGUCAAGAGUAAGAAGGAUAUUGAUAUUGAGUACCACCAAAACAAAAAUCAAAUUUUGGUUUCCGGUGAAAUUCCAUCUUCCUUGAAUGAGGAAAGUAAGGAUAAGGUCAAGGUCAAGGAAAGCAACUCCGGUAGGUUCAAGAGAGUUAUCACUUUACCAGACUAUCCAGGUGUGGAUGCUGACAACAUUAAGGCAGAUUAUGCAAGUGGUGUGCUAACCUUGACAGUUCCAAAAUUGAAGCCUCAGAAGGAUGGUAAGAGCCACGUCAAGAAGAUUGAGGUUUCAUCGCAAGAGUCAUGGGGCAAUUAA